CAAGUACCACCCUGAGAUAUGGACUCCUGCUUCUGCUGAAGCACACAGAGGUCACAGAUAUGCCCACAGAUGACCAGGAGCUAAAGUCCAGGAAGAGAUUGACCGAGUGAUUGGCAGACAGCGGAGCCCCUGCAUGCAGGACAGGAGCCACAUGCCCUACACAGAUGCGGUGGUGCACGAGAUCCAGAGGGCACAACCAUAAUAACAUCACUGACUUCUGUGCUGCACUAUGACAAAGAAUUCCCAAACCCAGAGAUAUUUGACCCUGGCCACUUCCUGGAUGAGAGCGGCAACUUUAAGAAAAGUGACUACUUCAUGCCUUUCUCGACGGUUUUCAAAAGUCUAUGGCCCUGUGUUCACUCUGUAUUUUGGUAUGAAGCCCACUGUGGUAGUGCAUGGAUAUGAAGCAGUGAAAGAAGCCCUGGAUGAUCUUGGAGAGGAGUUUUCUGGAAGGGGCAGUUUCCCAAUUGUUGAAAAAACUAAUAGAGGCCACGGGAUCAUUUUCAGCAAUGGAACAAAAUGGAAGGAAAUUCGGCGUUUCUCACUGAUGACCCUGAGAAAUUUUGGGAUGGGGAAGAGGAGCAUUGAGGACCGCAUUCAAGAGGAAGCCCGCUGCCUUGUGGAAGAAUUGAGAAAAACCAAUGGUUCACCCUGUGAUCCCACAUUCAUCCUAGGCUGUGCUCCCUGCAAUGUGAUCUGCUCCAUUGUUUUCCAGAAACGUUUUGAUUAUAAAGAUACAAAUUUUCUUGUCUUGAUGGAGAAAUUCAAUGAAAACUUUAAGAUUUUGAACUCCCCAUGGAUGCAGGUGUACAAUGUUUUCCCUGCGUUUAUUGAUUAUCUCCCAGGGAGUCACAAAAAAGUACUUAAAAACUUUGCUUAUGUAAAAAGUUAUGUUUUGGAGAAAGUCAAGGAGCACCAGGAAUCCCUGGACAUCCACAAUCCUCGGGACUUCAUUGAUUGUUUCCUGAUUAGAAUGGAACAGGAAAAAGACAAUAAACAUUCUGAAUUUACUAUGGAAAGCUUGAUGGCCACUGUAACUGACCUGUUUGUGGCUGGAACAGAAACAACAAGCACCACGCUGAGAUAUGGACUCUUGCUCCUGCUAAAGUACCCAGAGGUCACAGCUAAAGUACAAGAAGAGAUUGACCGUGUGAUUGGCCAAAACCGGAGCCCCUGCAUGCAGGACAGGAGCCACAUGCCCUACACAGACGCCAUGGUGCAUGAGAUCCAGAGAUACAUUAACCUCAUCCCUAAUAACGUGCCCCAUGCAGCGACAUGUAACCUCAGAUUUAGAAACUACUUCAUUCCCAAGGGCACAGAUUUAAUAACAUCACUGACUUCUGUGCUGCAUGAUGACCAAGAAUUCCCCAAUCCAGAGGUAUUUGAUCCUGGCCACUUUCUGGAUGAGAAUGGCAACUUUAAGAAAAGUGACUACUUCAUGCCUUUCUCGACAGGAAAACGGAUGUGUGUGGGAGAGGGCCUGGCUCGCAUGGAGCUGUUUUUAUUCCUGACCACCAUUUUACAGAAUUUUAAUCUGAAGUCCUUAGUUGAUCCGAAGGACAUUGAAACCAUCCCAAUUGCUAAUACAUUUGGCCAUGUGCCACCUUUAUACAAGCUCUGCUUUAUUUCUAUCUGAAGAGUGGUGCAAUGCUUGGUUACUGCUGUUCUGUCACUUGCAACUUUAUCUCAACAGGGGCAUAAUCCAUCUCCUUCCCAUGAUUAUGGGUAUAUUCCCUCAGAUCUUCUCUUACAUCUUGCCAAUCUCUCAUAAUCCAGUGAACAUCCAACCCUCAUUAAGGAGAAUAUUAUGAUCACUACACAAAUAUAUCUGCAAUCCUCUACAUUCUGCAACAAUUGUAUUGAACAUCACAAGUGCUAAUACUUAGCCAGUGCCAAGUUACUGGAAUGAUGUCAGUAUUAAACAACAAAUGAUUUCAUUAUUAUUAAAUCUCAUUAUUAAGUGAUCUCACUAUUAAGCAAUGUAUGAUUUAAUGUGAUAAUUCAGAGCCAUUCUCCAGUUUUGUGAAUAAAAAGUAUUAAUUCCUGG